AUUCGCACAGGCAUUGUGGGAUCGGAACGACUCUAGCUAGCUAUGGUGAAUUCAGGAGCCAUGAAACCCAUGGCUGAAACGAACAAAUAAGUUAUUCUUACUAGCUGUUAACGUCACUGGACAUAUAUCUAUGAUGACAAGUGUUAUGGGUGAUGCAUUGGAUACCUGGUGAAGGGAGACAGAUGACGUCUACGGCAGUCUAAUCCUGCAAUCAGACGAUUAGUGCAAGAAAAGUGGAAGAUUGUGUCAAUGGACGCUUGUGUAGUGCUUCACAUCGCUUUUAUUUUUUCACUGGAGGUGAAAAAGUAGGCCGGACCCUGUCUUAGGAUUGCUAUUGCAAGCCUAUUAUUUUCAUGUUUUGGAUAUUUGGCUUGAGACAAUAGCAAUAAUGUCGACGAGCAGCCCCGAAGCCGUGAAGAAAUUGCUUGAGAACAUGCAAACGGAUUUGCGGUCUCUGUCCAUGGAAUGCAAGAAAAAAUUCCCCCCUGUGAAAGAGGCUGCAGAAUCCGGGAUUGUGAAGAUAAAAACUAUUGCUGCCAGAAACACAGAUAUUCUAGCAGCUCUGAAGGAGAACAGCUCGGAGGUGGUGCAGCCGUUCCUCAUGGGCUGUGGAACCAAAGAGCCCAAGAUCACCCAGCUGUGCCUGGCCGCCAUCCAGAGACUCAUGUCCCACGAGGUGGUGUCCGAGGCGGCGGCUGGAAACAUCAUUAACAUGCUGUGGCAGCUGAUGGAGAAUGGCCUGGAGGAACUGAAGCUGCUGCAGACGGUCCUGGUGCUGCUCACCACAAACACGGUGGUGCACGACGAGGUCUUGUCCAAGGCCAUCGUCCUGUGCUUCCGCCUUCACUUCACAAAGGACAACAUCACCAACAACACAGCAGCCGCCACAGUGCGGCAGGUGGUCACGGUGGUGUUCGAGAGGAUGGUGGCAGAAGACGAGUGCUUUAAAGGCAUGGCCGACGAGCCCCCGCCAGUCCAGGGCAACAGCAACCGCCGCUCGGUCAGCACCCUUAGGCCCAGUGCCAAGGAUGCCUACAUGCUCUUCCAGGACCUGUGUCAGCUGGUCAACGCGGACGCGCCGUACUGGCUGGUGGGCAUGACCGAGAUGACGCGCACGUUUGGCCUGGAGCUGCUGGAGUCGGUGCUCAACGACUUCCCGGGAGUCUUCUUGCAGCACCAGGAGUUCAGCUUCCUGCUGAAGGAGCGUGUGUGCCCGCUGGUCAUCAAGCUCUUCUCGCCCAACAUCAAGUUCCGGCAGGGCAGCAGCGGUGGCAGCGCGGCCUCGCCGGCGCCCGUGGAGAAGCCCUACUUCCCCAUCUGCAUGCGUCUGCUGCGCGUCGUCUCCGUGCUCAUCAAGCACUUCUACAGCCUGCUGGUGACGGAGUGUGAGAUCUUCCUAUCUCUGCUGGUCAAGUUCCUGGAUGGAGAGAAGCCGCAGUGGCUGAGAGCCGUCGCCGUGGAGUCAGUGCACCGCCUGUGUGUCCAGCCCCACCUCCUGCGGUCCUUCUGCCAGUCCUACGACAUGAAGCAGCACUCCACCAAGGUGUUCCGGGACAUCGUCAAUGCCCUGGGCUCCUUCAUCCAGUCCCUCUUCAUCGUGCCCAGUGCUGGCAACCCCGCCUCCAUCAACCCACCCACCGGUGGUUCUGGGUCCACAGCGCAGACGGCAGCCCAAGGUGGACCUGGCUCGGCGGGGGUGAGCGGAGGCCUGACCACGCAGGCGGCUUUUGAGUACCGCGGCACCUGGAUCCCCCUUGUGACCGUCAACGUGCAGGGCAGCGCCAAGGCCACUUACCUGGAGAUGCUGGACAAAGUGGAGCCGCCCUCCAUCCCCGAGGGCUACGCCAUGUCCGUGGCCUUCAGUGCACUGCUGGACCUGGUGAGGGGCAUCACCUGCAUGAUCGAGAGGGAGCUGGCGGCCGAGGAGGAGGCCGCCGCCCUGCGGGACGGCUCACUGGACACCCCCCAGGAACCCUUGGUACAUCAGGUGUGGGAGGAGAUGGUGAACGCGUGUUGGUGUGGCCUCCUGGCAGCGCUUUCCCUGCUGCUGGACGCCAGUACGGACGAGACGGCCACGGAGAACAUCCUGAAGGCGGAGCUGACCAUGGCCUCUCUGUGCGGGCGGCUGGGCUUAGUGACGCCGCGGGAUGCCUUCAUCACGGCCAUCUGCAAGGCCUCGCUGCCCCCGCACUACGCCCUGACCGUCCUCAGCAGCAACGCAGCCAACCUCUCCAACAAGAGUUACUCCAUCCAGGGCCAGAGUGUGCAGAUCAUCAGCCCCUCCAGCGAGUCCCACCAGCAGGUGGUGGCAGUAGGUCAGCCCCUCACAGUGCAGCCCCAGGGUACAGUGGUGCUCACAGCCAAGAACAUCCAGUGCAUGCGCACACUGCUGAACCUGUCCCACUGCCACGGCGCUGUGCUGGGCACCUCCUGGCAGCUGGUCCUCGCCACCCUCCAGCACCUGGUGUGGAUAUUGGGUCUGAAGCCAGGGGUUGGCGGCGUGCUAAAGCCAGGCCGUGCGGUGGAGGGCCCAAGCACGGUGCUGACCACAGCAGUGAUGACUGACCUGCCCGUCAUAGCCAACAUCCUGUCCAGGCUGUUUGAGAGUUCCCAGUACUUGGAUGAUGUAUCCCUUCACCACCUCAUAAAUGCCCUCUGCUCUCUGUCAAUGGAAGCUAUGGAAAUGGCUUAUGGGAAUAACAAGGAGCCGUCCCUGUUUGCAGUGGCAAAGCUGCUGGAGACGGGGCUGGUCAACAUGGACCGCAUCGAGAUUCUGUGGAGACCCCUCACGGCUCAUCUCCUGGAGAAGGUUUGUCAGCACCCUAAUGCGCGCAUGAGAGAGUGGGGAGCUGAGGCCGUGACCUCACUCAUCAAAGCAGGCCUUUCCUACAAGCACGAGCCUCCCCUGUCCCAGAACCAGCGUUUGCAGCUGCUGCUGCUGAAUCCUCUGAAGGAGCUCUCCAACGUGCUCCAUGCCGACAUCAGGCACAAGCAGCUGGAGUGUGUGCUGCAGAUCCUGCAGAGCCAGGGGGACAGUCUGGGUCCCGGGUGGCCCCUGGUGCUCGGGGUCAUCGGAGCCAUCCGCAACGACCAAGGAGAGUCCUUAAUCCGAACAGCCUUCCAGUGCCUGCAGUUGGUGGUGACGGACUUCCUACCCACCAUGCCUUGCACAUGCCUCCAGAUUGUAGUGGAUGUUGCUGGCAGCUUUGGUCUUCAGAACCAGGAACUCAACAUUAGCCUCACCUCCAUUGGCCUUCUGUGGAACAUCUCGGACUACUUCUUCCAGCGGGGAGAGGCCAUCACGGAGGAGCUGGAGCAGGAGGAGGCGCUGCUGCAGAAGCAGGCCCAGGAGAAGGGCGAGCCCCUGAACCGGCCCUUCCACCCGGCGCCGCCCUUCGACUGCCUCUGGCUCUGCCUCUACGCCAAGCUGGGCGAGCUGUGCGUGGACCCGCGGCCCGCCGUCCGCAAGAGCGCCGGACAGACACUCUUCUCCACCGUCAACGCCCACGGCACGCUGCUGCAGCAGCCCACCUGGCACAUCGUGGUCUGGAAGGUGCUUUUCCAUCUUCUGGACUGCGUGAGGAAGUCCUCGACGACGGCCGACAAGGAGAAGAUCGAGUCCGGUGGCGGUAACAUCCUCAUCCACCACUCCCGGGACACGGCGGAGAAGCAGUGGGCGGAGACCUGGGUGCUCACCCUCGCUGGGGUGGCGCGGAUCUUCAACACGCGCAGAUACCCGCUGCAGCAGCUCGGUGAUUUCUUCAAGGCCUGGGAGGUGCUGCUUGACCACAUCCAGUCGGCCGCCCUCAGCAAGAACAACGAGGUUUCGCUGGCCGCUCUCAAAAGCUUCCAGGAGAUCCUGCAGAUCGUCACGCCCGUCAAGGACGCCGACAGCGUAAAGCCCGACCCCCUGGCCGCCAUGGGCGUGCCCCCGGUGCUGGUGGACGGUCCGCUCGGGGCCGGCCGACCCCUGCAGCGCUCCGACUCGUUGGCCGAGCGGCUGGCCCAGCGCUACAUGAACAGUGCCCAGUUCGCCGCCCCCACUCCUCUUCCUCCGCCCGGGGAGGAGCUGGACGACUCGGCCCUCUGGUGGUCGGCGUGGAACACGUGGUACCGCACGGGCACCGAGUGCACUCGGCCGCCGCCGCCCGGCGCGGACAAGCCCUCGUUCAUCCCCAGCCAGCCCUUCCUGACCGCGCUGGUGCAGAUAUUCCCGGCGCUCUACGCGCACGUGAAGGGCGGCUUCAGCAUGGAGGACCUGCGCAAGCUGGGGGUCAUCCUGCACGGAGCCGUGUCCGUGCCCAUCAGCUCGGACGCCUCGCCCUUCAUCCUGCCCUCCUACACCGAGGCCGUGCUGACCAGCAUGCAGGAGGCCGUGCUCACCGCCCUCGACGUCCUGCAGAAGGCCAUUUGCGUGGGGCCCGAGACGCUGCAGGUCAUGUACCCCGCCAUCUUCGAGCAGCUGCUCCUGUUCGUAGAGUUCUCCUGUAAGCCUCCGCAGUACGGCAAACUGGAGACCAAACACGUGGCCAAUGCCAAAUACAACCAGAUCCAACUGUUUGCACCGGCUGAAUGGGUGGCCUUAAACUAUGUGCCCUUUGCUGAGAGGUCCCUUGAAGUAGUGGUGGACCUUUACCAGAAGACUGCCUGCCACAAGGCGGUCAUAAACGAGAAAGUUCUGCAAAACAUCAUCAAGACUCUGCGGAUGCCCCUGGGCCUGAAGUACUCCUGCCCUGCGGAGAGCACAUGGAAGCUGGCCGUCUCCUCGCUGCUCAAAGUGCUCUCCAUUGGCCUUCCCGUCGCCCGCCAACACGCCUCCUCGGGCAAGUUCGACACCAUGUGGCCAGAGCUUGCCUGCGCCUUCGAAGACUUCCUGUUCACCAAAAGCACGCCUCCAGAUAACCUGUCCAUCCAGGAGUUCCAGAAAAAUGAAGCAAUCGAUGUUGAGGUGGUGCAGCUGAUCAGCACAGAGAUUUUGCCUUUCGCCAACUUCAUCCCUAAAGACUUCGUUGGCCAGAUCAUGGCGAUGCUCAACAAAGGCUCCAUCCACUCCCAGUCCUCCUCGUUCACCGAAGCCGAGAUCGACAUCCGGAUGCGGGAGGACUUCUCCAAGGUGUGCUUCGAGACGCUGCUGCAGUUCUCCUUCAGCAACAAGGCGUCCACGCCACAGGAGGGCUACAUCUCGCGCAUGGCGCUCUCCGUGCUACUGCAGCGGGCACAGGACGUCCUGCGGCGCUACGUGGAGGACGAGAGACUGAGUGGCCGCUGCCCACUGCCCAGGCAACAAGUCACGGAAAUCAUCUUUGUCUUAAAAGCAGUCAGCACCCUAAUGGACUCCCUUAAAAAGACGCAGCCAGAAAACGUGGAUGGCAACACCUGGGCCCAGGUGAUAGCGCUUUAUCCAACUCUGGUGGAGUGCAUCACUUGCUCCUCCUCGGAGGUCAGCUCGGCUCUCAAGGAGGCCCUGGGGCCCUUCAAAGACUUUAUGCAGCCCCCCGUGUCCAAAGUGCAGAACGGAGAGUCCUGACCAGCCACUCCCCCAGCCACCCCCUCAGGCAGGGAUCGGGAGGAGGGAGGAGGGAGGACUUUUUAACUAUCGAAGGGGGUAAAGAAAAAGAAAAAAGAUAAAGAUGAAUGUGUCCUUACACCACAGGAGCGGACUCUGAUCUCCCACAAGCCUGUUUGAAGGACUGUAACCCAUAGCAACUGCAGUGGCAAAUGGUAUUGAACGCUCUCGCGAUCAGGGGUUGACCUUCAUCACCAUAAGCUUCUCAAACAUAUUGAUGACCCAUUCCCAUUGGCUGGACUCACAGUUGAUUAACUGCUACAGUGCAUUUGCAGUGCUUUUUUUUUCCAUUUCUGCAAGGGGAGUCAAUGUACAGUGUGUGUGGUGAUCCGUGUUAAUGAUGUAAGUAAGAAUGAAUUAACUGGGCUUUAUUCAUCUUUGAAAUGGAGAAAAACAAAAACCAAGCGAACAAAGAAAUGUGUGAUGGAAGAAUGCUCUUUUUGAAGGACUUUUCUUGACCACAAAGGAUUUUAUGCAAGAUCUUACUGUAACAUUCCAUGUCAUCUUUAGUCCACUUGAGAAGGGUUGUACCUGUGUGUUUAAAAUAAAUGGAAAAAAAAGUUCUACAA